CCCGCGCACACACGGCCAUGGCGGAGGCCUCCUCGCUAGAGAGGCGGAGCCCUGGCCUGGCCUCUUGCCUCUCUCACAGCCUGUGCCCCGGGGAGCCCGGCUUGCAGACCACAGCAGUGGUAUCCAUGGGGUCCACGGACCAUCAGUUCCACCUGGCAGAGAUCCUGUCUCGGAACUACGGAGUCCGGGAGGAGCAUGAGGGGGCCGCGCGGGGCCCAGAGAAGCCGGAGGAGGAGCUAGAGAAGGACUUCGUCUCCCAGAGCAGCGACAUGCCCCUUGACGAGCUGCUGGCUCUCUAUGGCUACGAGCCCUCGGACCCCGUCUCGGAGCACCAGAGCGAGGGCAGCGACGCCACAGCCAACCUCCCGGACAUGACCCUGGACAAGGAACAAAUAGCGAAGGAUUUGCUUUCAGGGGAAGAAGAGGAAGAAACACAGUCCUCAGCCGAUGACCUCACCCCAUCUGUGACCUCCCAUGAGGCCUCUGACCUUUUCCCUAAUCAGAGUGGACCCCGCUUCCUGCCUGAUGCAGACAAGGAGCCUGGCUCCUCCAGCUCGUCAGACACCGAGGAGGACCCGCUUCCUGCCAACAAGUGUAAGAAGGAGAUCAUGGUUGGACCUCAGUUCCAAGCCGACCUCAGCAGGCUGCACUCGAACCGUCAGGGUGAGAAGAUCCACGAGAACGAAGACCAGCUGCUCUGGGACCCCAGCGUCCUUCCCGAGAGGGAGGUGGAGGAGUUCCUGUACCGGGCGGCGAAGCGGCGGUGGCACGAGGCGGCCGAGCCGCAGCUCCCGGAGGGAGAGGCCGUGAAAGACAGCGAGCAGGCACUGUAUGAGCUGGUGAAAUGCAACUUCAAUGCCGAGGAGGCCCUGCGGAGGCUGCGGUUCAACGUGAAGGUGAUCCGAGACGGGCUGUGCGCCUGGAGCGAGGAGGAGCGCCGCAACUUCGAGCACGGCUUCCGUGUGCACGGCAAGAACUUCCACCUGAUCCAGGCCAACAAGGUGCGCACGCGGUCCGUGGGCGAGUGCGUGGAGUAUUACUACCUGUGGAAGAAGUCUGAGCGCUACGACUACUUCUCCCAGCAGACGCGGCUGGGCCGCCGGAAGUACGGCCCGUCGGGAACCGCGGACGCGGACCAGGACCUGGACGGCGGUGACCCCGAUGGCCCCGGCCGUCCCCGCUCCUCGCCGCCCCUGCCUCUGCCCGCCACUGCCAACGGCCCGGGCCCCGAGCGGGACCCCCUGGCCCGGAUGCCCACAGAGCCCCCGAGUGUGGACCGCAGCACGUCUGGGAGUCUCGGCGAGCCUGGGGGGGCCCCCGACGGCCCCCCGUCCUCGGAGCCAGGGCCCUGUUCAUUCCAGCCACUGGACGUCGACGCGCCCUCAGCUGUGCCCUUGCCUCGGCGGCCCGCAGCCCUGGCUGAGCCAGCCUUCUACUCCCCCGCCACGGCCGCUCCGGAGCCCGGUGCCAGCCCGGGGCUGGCUGUGGACUUGGCCCCGCCCGGGGCCCUCCCCGAGGAGCUGCCCCUCGCCUCCAGCCAUGCGGAUACGGACGGAGAGCCCGAGGAGGCCGUGGCCCCCGCACAGGUGGCUCUGUCGGUUGCCGAGUUUGGACUCAUCGGCAUCGGGGAUGUGAAUCCCUUCCUGGCCGCCCACCCCGCGUGCCCAGCCCCUGGGCUGCGCUCGGAGCCCCUGUCACACUGUAACGUGAUGACCUGUUGAUCCCUGGCCACAGGCGGGCGUGUGUGGCCCAGAUUGGACUCGGGGCCGCUGUGAGGCCUGCCUGUCAGUCUUCCUGACCCUCCCCUCCUCGCGGGCCUCCGGUAGCUCCUCUGCUCAGAGCACGUCAAGGACCGGGCUGAGUGGUGGCCCCUCCCCACGCCACACACGCACCAGCACCGCUGCCUGGCUCCGGCCUCUGUGCCCACCACGGGACCUGUCGGGCGGCUGGGCGCGGAGGGCUGGCCCGUCCAGCCAGCAGAGGCGAGGAAGGCGUCCCGGCCCCGCCAGAGACGUGGGGAGGUGGGGCCGGACGCCGCCCCUACCAGCAGCCUCCGCCGGCACCCUCGGCACUCUGCCCGCCCGUCUCCCUGCGCCUGGCCGGACUUCGGGCUGCCCCCGCCCAGGGCUCAGGGGGCAGCUGCUACUCGGUGCCAAACCCUGUGGGGCACAGAGCCAUAUACCUCGAUGUCGGCCCGCCCCGCCCUGACGUCCACCCGCGCUCCACUUCAGGAAAAGCCGCACUUUAUGCCCCCACCCCACCCCCACCCCCACCCCGGGGCCCCCGGCAGCCUCGGGCGUGGGUCUGAGGACGCAGAACUCACAGCCCCUUGGUACCGAGGCCUGCCGCCUGCCGCACUGAGGGGCCCGGCUCCAGCCCGUUUCCCUGACCCCCUAGGUCGUGUUUCUGUUGAGGCUUCCCAGCAAGACAGCUUGGGGUCCUGGGCCUUCUCUACAGCCUCCUCGUUUUAUUUAUGUUUCUGUUUACAAAUUGGAGUGGGGUCCUCCAGGGGCAGGGCAGCGCUCCUGGCCCCGGUGUCACCAAGGGGGGCUUUGGCUCGAGCCCGUCCGCAGGACCGGGCUCGACCUUCCCUCGGCCCACCAAGGACCACACUGUGAAGUGACGACUGCCUUGACCCCCUUGCUGUUUUAUUUAUUAAACUUGAUUUGA